UCCAAUCGAGCCGAGCUCCUCGCGAUUCCCAAUCCCCGCACGCCUCCUCCCUCCGCCUGCCCCCGCCGCCGCCGCCGCCGCCGCGCCACAGGCUUACAGCUAGUCCAGAUGGAGCACAAGGAGGCAGGUUGCCAGCAGCCGGAGGGCCCAAUCCUAUGUGUCAAUAACUGCGGCUUCUUCGGCAGCGCGGCGACCAUGAACAUGUGCUCCAAGUGCCACAAGGAGAUGGUCAUGAAGGAGGACCAGGCCAAGCUGGCCGCCUCCUCCUUCGAUAGCAUCGUCAAUGGCGGCGACGGUGGGAAAGGACCUGUUGUAGCUGCUGUUGCUGCAAGCGUGGAGGUGGCGGUUGCUCAGGUGGACGCCAAGGAGCUCGUUGUGCAGCCUCAGCCUGCCGAUGCCGCGGGCACCAGUGAGGCUGUUGCUGUGAGCCCCAAGAGGAAGGAGGGCCCGAAUCGGUGCUCUACUUGCAGGAAGAGGGUUGGGCUCACAGGAUUCAACUGCCGGUGCGGCAACAUGUUCUGUUCGCUGCACCGCUAUUCCGACAAGCAUGACUGCCAGUUCGACUACCGGACUGCAGCUAGGGAUGCCAUCGCCAAGGCCAAUCCAGUGGUGAAGGCGGAGAAGCUCGACAAGAUCUAAGUGGCCAGCUGGGGAAGAAUUGGUUUGCGAUCUGCCAACUUUCAUCAUCCAUCUCCCGCGGCGCCAUCCUUGUACUUGUCUUGUUGGCUGCUACGUUUCUUAAAUUGCUCAGCAUUCUGAUGCACACUGCAUCUUGGCAGCAGCAAGAACUCAUCCUCUCUCAGUCCUUCCGAUUGGUUUGCAUGUUGUGUAACUUUAUUCAUGGUGGUUUCUCGGUCAGUAUUGUGGCUUCCCAAUUAGCUAGCUCUGUAACGUACUAUUGUCGCAUGCGUGUUAAAUUCCAAUCAGUAAUAGUAAUCAGCAAUGGUUCAUCA